AUGAGCAUGCUAGUCUUCGAGUCCGUGGCAGACGCCAGGUGCAAAGAGCUUGGACUGGCCAAGCCUUACGUCGAUCCCCUUCUCUUCAGGCACCCCGACCAUUAUGCCGACUUGCUUCGUCGUGUUGACGCCGCUGGGAUGUUGAGGUUCCGCCCCCGCAGCGAUUGCGAGCAGCCCUCCGUCGGUGUUUUCUUCGUGACCAAAAAUGACGGCAGCAUCAGGAUGGCGCUUGAUACUCGCAUCACAAAAUUUGCAUUCGUGGAGCUGGCUGGCACCAAAUUGCCGACGGGCGCGUCGCGGGCUGGACUGGAGAUCAGCAGCGGGGCCAACGGCUACAUGGUGGCGGCGGACGCCCAGUGCGCCUUCCAUCGCAUGGAGCUGCCCUCGGACUUGGCCCACGCCUUCACCCAGCUGAACAUCGUGAAUCGGGCUUUGCGGCCUGGCGGCCUCGAGCUGGACGUUGACGUGUUUCCUGAGAUUCUGGUGCCGCCGAUAAGGUGGAAUUGGGCCCUGCAUGUUUGCCGGGACGCUCUGACCAACAUCGCGUGGGACGCGGGCGCGCACGUGCAUCGCUUAAUCUUCGGCGGCGCGCGGCCACCCAUGCUUGGGCGCACCGAUAAUUGGGUGGUAGCUGCCUGCGUCGACAACUUUUGCGUGGCGGCUGGAUCAAGCGAGCUUGCUGACAACGUUGAUCAGGGCGACCUCGACUGCUGGCGGGCACCGCCGCCUGCCCGCGCGGACGUCAAUGACCCUUCGGGGCUGGAGUUCAACGGGGUGCGGGGCACCACGAGGGUCGCGCGAGCUUCAGAGGUUCUCGCCGGCCCCAGGGGGGCCGACGACUUCGAAGGCGCGCUGUCCGUCGGGUCGGAGCCCCCCGGGUUCGCCGAGGUCCCCGAGGAUAUGUCGAAGGAGCCCGACUGGCGGCCGUCGCGGGCCAUGGCGCUGGCCCGUCGGAGAGUCGGCCCCCAGUUGUCGCCCUCGGAGCUGACGGCAUGGCGCCCGAGCUGCUCGGUUGCUGCGGCGCCCGCGGACGCCUCCGCCAAGCCCAUCGCGGCCCUCGCCCGGCGGCUGAGCUCCAUUUGCCUUUUGGAUGGGGUUGACGUGGUCGCGCGCGCAGGGGAUCGACGCGAUCACGACGGGCUUCCUGGCGCGCCUGGCCCCGACGCCUGCGACGCGUCGUCGGCGAGGGUCGCGAUGGCGGCGGUGCGCCAUCUGGCGCCGUCGCUCGGCCCUGAAGGCUUCUGGGGCUUCUUGGCCGUCAUGAUCCUCGGGCGCCACCGGCUGAAGGUCCCUGUGAUGGCCGAGCUCAUGACAGAGGGGGCGAGCUCUGGCGCAGCGCCCGCCGGCCGUCAGGCCGCCGGCACCGUGGGCGGCAGGACCGCGCUGGCGCGCCGCACCGCGGGCAAGAGCACGGUCGGGACGAGCAGCGGCCGCAAGGGCGCCGACGGCGGCAUCCUCAAGUUCUACACGGACGACUCGGCCGGCCUGAAGGUGGGGCCCACCACGGUCUUGGUGCUGUCCCUGGUCUUCAUGGCCAUCGUCUGCUCCCUCCACAUCCUGGGCAAGUUCCGCGGCAGCUGA